AUGGCAUUUCUGUACCUGGACGGAUCUCCCGUCUGUGACGAGAUACUUAAUAUGGCAGGCUUCGGGAUGGUGAUUCGGAGGGGGGAAUUUGCAAUCAAGAUACCACGGCUGCGGGAAGGCGUCGACGACUCUGAAGAUGAGAUUGCGAGACUUCGAAUUCGACUUCGUGGAGUAUUAUCGGACCUGAAGGAAAUCGACAUGCGGGAAUUCAUAAUCGAGCAGAUCUACCGGGAGAAGUGGAUCUUCCAAACAUUGAGUGACUGCGAAGGCGUGGUUCCGUGUUUCGACCUCGACUCGCCUGACGUGUCGAUUUGCAUGCGUUACAUGGGGAAAGGUAGUCUUCGCAGCUACUUGGAAAGCGAGAAGGAGAACGAGAACGACAACCACAACCACAACCCCAACCACAGCCACAACCACAGGCUGGAUCAACACACGCGUGUCCGAUGGCUCAAAAGCAUGGCACAUACUCUCUCCAACCUUCACCGUCGCCGUGUCAUUGUCACCAACCUACGGUCGGACAACUUCCUCAUCGACGACACCAUGUCCAUCUACUUGGCCAACUUUGGAGAAUGCAGCGUGAUGCCUCUAACCUGGGACAUGAGUACUCCUAACCUGGAUGGCGAGGGCGUCGCUACCGACAUUGGACAAUUUGGCGCCGUCAUGUUCGAAGUCAUCACCGGCCACCAUUGUACAUUCGACAUGAUGCAAGAGUCGAAGGAAUCGUGGGAUCUGUUUUCAUGGCCACCGAGAGACAGUCUCCCUUCAACUGAGGGGGUGUGGCUAGGUCACAUCAUCGAGAAGUGUUGGACGCAAGGCGAGGGAUUUUUUGCGUCUGCCGAUGAUCUCGUCGCGGCACUGGAGCAGGCUUGUUGA